ACCUCGACUCUCCUGUCAAGCCAGACUCCUCGGCCCUGGAGCCUCCGCGCCGCGGCUCCUCCCCGCUCCUCGGCCUCUUACUCGUCCUCCAGCGGGCCCGGAGCGUCACCCUCUGUGGCGCCGCCCCUCACGCACCCCAACAUGGCGGGAGCUACCACGGGCGGCGUGGGUUCUGAGACGCCCUCGCCCACCGCGGGGUCGUCGCCGCCCGGCACCAACGGGCGCUUGGAUCCCUACACCAGCACCACGCCCACCCGCAAGGCCGCCGCCGCCCGCCCGGACCGCGUGUUCACCUGCAAGAUCUGUAAUCGCAGCUUCGGGUACAAGCACGUGCUGCAGAACCACGAGCGAACCCACACGGGAGAGAAGCCGUUUGAGUGCAAGGAGUGCCACAAGCGGUUCACGCGCGACCACCACCUCAAGACCCACAUGCGGCUGCACACAGGGGAGAAGCCCUACCACUGCACGCACUGCGAUAGGCAGUUCGUGCAGGUGGCCAACCUGCGGCGACACCUGCGGGUGCACACUGGCGAGCGCCCCUACUCGUGUGACCUGUGCUCCUCCAGGUUCUCCGACUCCAACCAGCUCAAAGCCCACGUGCUCAUCCACAAGGGCGAGAAGCCGUUUGAGUGCGGGCGGUGUUCGGGCCGCUACCCCGCCGCCGCCACCACCUCAUGCACCACAAGUGUCCCAAACGACAGCGAGGCCGACCCGCGGCGCCGCGAGGCUCAGUACGGCGAGACCACCUUCCCCGAGGCCGACACAUUCUCGCUGGGGCCUGACGAGGACGACGAGGACGACUUCACCGAGGAGGACCUGCCGCCGCCGGCCACGCUGCUGGAGGAGGAGCCGCUGCAGCUCGAGAAACGGCGGGAGCGGAAGAGUCGAGACCCGCGACGAAGUGAUCAACCAAACUCUGGGCGGCGGCAGGCUACUGGACCCCACCCACCUGCUGCGGGGCCCUUCACGCCGCCCUGCCCGAGCAGACGGAGCCAGAGGACCUCAGUUUGUCCGGCUCACGCAGCCGUAACAGAAACUACUCGGGCAUGUCCGCCGUGUCGAGCGCCUCGGGUCCCGCUAGCAGCGAGCUGGACUACCCGCGCGACGCGACGCGGCACCAAGACGGCGACGCGGACGACGGCAGGUUUACCCCGACACAGCGACGACGAGGAUCCCAUGCCCUCCCAGGCGUGAGGCCCCGCGCCCCGCGGCCCCAGCGUCACCACACAACGACUCCGGUGCUGAGCAGUGAGUCCCCGCCCCGCCCCGCCCUUCUAUGGGCCCCCUCCCGCCCGUCCGCACAACGCACCGCCAGGGUGCUGCGUGCCGCCCCGCCCGUGCCCGGCGCUACUUGUUGGAGAAUAGAAUUUUAUAUAUAUGGUGCCGGACAUGAGCCCGACCCUGCCCUCCACCCUCCUCUCCGCCCCACCCUCCCCUUCACCAUCACCCUCCCCCCGCCGCUGCUAAUCUCAACUAUUCGCUAAUGACGGCCAGGAGGUUCCCUCAUCCCUCAGACCCCCAGACCCCUUAGGUCCCACAGGCCCCCAUGCCAACGAGAAGCAGGGCGCCCCGAUCCCUGCAGGCCCGGCAGCCACGGGUGCCCACCGCCACUAUUUCCUCCCCGCCUCGCCCCGGGCGGCGGCCUUCACCCAGGGUCAUUAAUCUUGCUUCCUCCUUCGCCUCCCCGGCUGUAAGCAGCGACGCGGCCAAGAUUUGCACGGCGACUUUCUCUUCCCCUUCUUUCCUUCCUCCCUCCCCUCCCCCACCACAGUACUCUCACAACAACGCUUAACUUCCUUUCUUCUCCACACUGUCCUGAUUACAUGCGAUCUCUCUCUCUCUCUCUCUCUCUCUCUCUCUCUCUCUCUCUCUCUCUCUCUCUCUCUCUCUCUCUCUCUCUCUCUCUCUCUCUCUCUCUCUCUCUCUCUCUCUGCAGACCUGUUAUGCCCACAAAGGCACACAGGCAGGCAGGCCGGGGGUUUGGGGGAAAGGUUCAUUUUACAGCCUCGAUGGUCGGUCGCUGGAGAAAAUUUGCACUACUAUUUGUUACCUCCUGUCCUCCCUCCCCCUCUGUGCCCCUCAUGGCUUCCUCAGCCUGGCAGAUUCUUCCUCUGCCCUCCCACAUCCCCUGUGCCUCCACCCCCGCCUGGAAGGAAGGAGAGGCAGGUGAGGAAGGAGGAAGAAAGUUUCCCACCGUCACCACCAUUAGUGUGGAGUGAUAAAAUUGCCCUCUCCUCCUCCUCCUCCUCCUCCUCCUCCUCCUCCUCCUCCUCCUCCUCCUCCUCCUCCUCCUCCUCCUCCUCCUACCGCCCCCUGCUUCACGCCGGCCUCGCUGGUGUCGUCUUUCCGGGGACGGCGCCCUGCACCUGUCUCAGGGGCAGACGGCGAAGCUGUUGCGGGGACAGAAUACCACCAUCUCUUCCGCUGCCCCCGCGUCUCCACAUUCCAGCCCGACCUCCCUCUCACCUCCUCCUCUUCCCCGUCGUCUUGCUUCCCGCCUUCCCUGUUCCUGUCCCUCCCUCCCCUUCCCUCAAAGGUGCGUAGUUCCUAGCCUGGGGGCCGCUGGACACUGGACCCGCGAGACGCGCCUCCCGGGACAGUGCCGGGCCCCCAGACCCCGGGUGCCUCAGGCUGGGGCGGCGUUCCCGCCCCGCCACUCAGCCACCCGUCCCACAGCGUCGCUCAGGGAUGACGUCUUUCACUCCACUCUCCUCGCCCUCUCCCAUUCCCCUCCUCUGCCUCCCUCUCCCGACAGGAGGGACGUCCCCGGCCCCCCGUCUCAGGAGUGUGUGCAAUAUUAUAUAAGACUUUACCUCGCCGCGGGCGUCCCUCUGGCCGGACGGGUGGAUCCCGGUGGCGCCCGGAGGGCAGGGCUGGCGGGCGGCACGCGAGGGCAAAGUGCAAUAGUAUGGCGGCGGGCGUGGUGGGUGGCCCGCUACUGGGCUGCUCCGGGGAGGUGAUGUCCCGCUGAGGACAGCGACCAGCAGCCCAAGGCGGUGGGAUCGAGGACGCACUGCGGCGCGGGGCAGCGCGGCGCCAGGCCUGGCCACGAGCCGCAGCGCCGCCGCCAGCGGGGAGCCUCAGCGUCCAGUCCACAGCCGGGAUUCCUGGGGCCGUAGCGGCUCACACCGGCGGGAGCAGGUUGUUGGUGCGGCCUGUGUUUGGUUUUCUUGAUUCACGGUGAUUGCCACAACCCUUUCCUCUGUAGGUUAAGCGGGAGACUGUGUGUUGUUAGCUUUAGAUACGUCGGCCCCGCCGCCCGCCACACUGUGCGGGCGGCGCCCGGUCGGCAGGAGGCUCCGCCCUCCGGUUCAUACAGGGUCUUAAUCUAGAGUAGCUUCCGCGCUCGCUCCCGUCCCCACGCCCACACUCACGCCCACGCCAACAUGCGGGCAUUUCUGCCUGACGCGCCUCUUGAGGCGUGGAGGGCGGGCGUCCUGCUGGCGCCAUGUAAACCUUCGGAUCGAAUGAUUGACUCGUGAUUGUAGAAAACUUGAUUGUAUUUGAAGUGUGUGUGCGUGGCGCGGCGUGGCGAAGCACGGAAGCCUUCGUCAGUAGUUCAUGUAAUUCAGGCGUGACGGCGCCAUGUGGGCGCGGCGCGGCCAGACCCUACGCCGCUCCGGAAAGGCGAGGCCGCCGCGUGCUGCGUCCUCGCCCGGCGGUGCGGUGUUGACAGAAGCUCAAGGACGCUGGUUGUCCGUGACCACGCCCCUCGCGGCGGCCACCCGAGCGCCGCCCCUGACGAGGUCUCUGCAUGUCGCCUUCUUUCCAAGAGGGCCCAGUUCGCUUUUGACUCCAGCGGGCGACCAAACCCUGGUGACCAAACAGUUCCUCCUUAUUGAAGCUCUUAAUGGAUGUUCCUGUGUUGUCUACAGUAAGCACCGGCGCGGGGCGGCUGGGAGCGGGGCGCGGGGCGGGCGUUGGAGGAGAAUUUUACCUGUUGCAGCCCGCCCCGCCCCGCGCCCCUCGCCACGCAGCCUGCCCCGCCAGCCAGCCUCAGGAGUCAGCACGCGGCCGUUAGCGCUGAGACAGGCGCUUAUUAUUGUUACCCCCCACACGCGCUGACGGCCGGGCGCUCCUCCUGCUCCUGAUCCUGCCCCUGCUCCUCCUGCUGCUUCUCCUUGGUGAUGGCGGGCAGGGGCGUCCUAGAGCCACUACCUCGCAAGGCGUUGAGAAUAUUAUUUUUAUAACCACGUGGCCCUGAGGACGCCCCCUCUCCCCUCCCCCCACAUCCACGCCCUCACACCCACUCCUACACCACCACCCACAUCCACCUGGCACCGCCCACCUCCUCCACACACCACCCACGCCUCCACCUCUCUCUCAGUCAUUCUUUCUCUCAUCACUUCAGCUUCUUCCUUUUCUUCCUUCUCCCUUCCUUCUCACUACAAAGCAUUCCUUCUCCUGUCACAUUGCCCCUCGUCCUUUCCUAUCUAUCCUUCCUUACCUUACCCUCGACCAUUCCUUCUGUCGCUCCUGCCUCUUCCUCCUCCUCCUCCUCCUCCUCCUCCUUCUCCUCGCACCUCCAAUGUAUGUUGAAGAAUUAACUAACUUAGCCAGCUCUCGGUGAUAACGUCAGAAAUAACAAACAUUUUUAAUAGUAUGUACGAAUUUUAACAAGAGAAUCAAAGUUUUUUAAAUGUCUAACUUGAUAAUAUGAUUUUUAUCAAUUAUUAUUAUCGCCAUGAUUAUUAUUAUUAUUGCUGCUAUUGAUUACUACUAUUAUUGUCGCAACAGUAUAUUAUUGAAAUCAUCUCUCGUUCGCCUCGCAUAGAUUCAGGUUGUGUAGGGGUUAAAUAAGGUGUGUGUGUGUGUGUGUGUGUGUGUGUGUGUGUGUGUGUGUGUGUGUGUGUGUGUGUGUGUGUGUGUGUGUGUGUGUGUGUGUGUGUGUAAUGGCUACACGUGUUCAACUCUUCUCUCAAACAGCAUUUCUACCAGAGACCUUUGAGAGCAGAGAGACAGCAGUAUGGGUGCCGCUACACCUGCCCCCUUUGCUGUUAUGUGCGUUCUUGUGUGUUGGGUGUUGAUGCGUCACCACCAGUGUGUGUAUGUGUGUGUGUGUGAGGCAUGUAGGAACGCCACCACCACCAGCACCACCACUACCACCACCACUAUUACUACUACCGCAACUGUUAUCAUCAUAUUUGUAAGUACCACUUCACGCCUUGUUAAGUAGCAUUGGUUAAACCACUUGGGUCAGUGAGAGAGACAGAAAGAGAGAGAGUGUGUGUGUGUGUAUGUGUGUGUGUGUGUAUCAUCUCAUGCACAAGUUUAUUUAUUUAUUUAUUUAUUUAUUUAUUUAUUUGUUUGUUUUAUUUAUUUAUUCAUUUAUUUACUUAUUUUAUUUAUUCAUUUGAUCUAAUUUCAUUCUAAUUUCUUUGCAUUUCCAUCCGUCGUCUUCUGUCAAUAGCAAGUAAUGUAAUGAUUUCCCUUAUAUCAAACUAGCUUUUUUUUUUUUUUAUUUCUUCACAAAAUCUUCCUCAGUUUCUUUAAGCAUCACGAUCUACUGGUCUAAUACUUCCUUUAUUAGUAGCAACAUUUAUUUAUUUUCGUAAUCCGCGGGUGUCUCAUUCAUACCAUAAAUCUCCAGUUGUCUGUACCGCCUUCUAUGCAUCACGAUUCUUCCUCCAUUCCCUCAUGUGGCGUGUUAAACUGGGUAACAAACUGAAAACAUUCGGGAACCACUGCUGCACUGUUAUCCUAGCUGGAGGUGGUAUAGGAGACAGUACUAGUGACAAGUCUCAUUGCCUGUACAUACACCGCGAACCUCCAGUUUUCCCUCGUUUUCAGUGUCCCUUCCUUCAUUCCUCCCAAAUUCACAAGACUAUACACCACUAUUACCCUUGCUGAGGCUGUGUUGGCGACCGUACUAGUAACGAGUCUUUCAUUCCUUAUACUGCGAAUCUCUAGUUUCUCUACCGCUUUCUAUGUAUUCUUCCUUCAUUCCUCUCUAAUCCUUGCUGAGACUGUAUGGGUGGUGGUGCUGCAGUGUCCAAGGGGAGGCAGACCCGGAGAGGUGUAGAGAAAGAGGGAGGAAGGGAAGGCAGCCGAAUAUAAAUUGGACGUGGCGGAAUUGAAACUCUUAUUUCCUGCGUUUGAUCAAUAAGGAAAUUCAUGCUAUUGAUUUUCGCCCUGCAUCCACUCACGCUACAGUUAGGCCUCGUCGCGGCAAGGGAGGGCGAGGGGCAGUACCGCUCACCUCAACUCUAACCGCUCGAAGAAAAUUGUUCACUCCCGCCUGAACUUCACCCACGCGUCAUAUGCACUCUUGUCCACAACAUACAAGAUGACUCGUUUUUCUAGUAUUUUUCUCAGUAUGCAGCGCAAAUUUAACUGCCCGUGAAGACUAGCAAUAUGGGGUGUUUUCCUCCCUUUUUUUUUUUUUUUUUUUUUUUUCCUCUCCCCGUUUAUUUAUCCCCUCUCGCCUCGAUCAGCUGACUCAUGGCGCGUGCGAAUCCAACCACAUUGUCUUCGUCUUUCCUCCUUUUCCCUCCUCCACUCCUGUAAUUGAAUUCUUCUUUUCCGAUGGAGUGAUCAAACAGAAGACAAAAGAUAGAAGAAACACACACAGAAAUUUCAAGUAAGAAGAGAGAUGUCAGUUAGAGAAAGAAAUAAACGUGGUCUGGUUUUGAAAGCUCGCUAAGAAAACGGACGAAGGCGAUGCAGUUUCGAGUAAAGGAGAGAGAGAGAGAGAGAGAGAGAGAGAGAGAGAGAGAGAGAGAGAGAGAGAGAGAGAGAGAGAGAGAGAGAUUCAGUUGAUGUCGAUAGGGAGAAGAGGAAGAGGAGGAUGGGGAGGAAUAAGAGAAGGAAUUAGAAGAGGAGGAGGAGAUAGUAAAGACGGCAUUAGGAAAAGAGCGAAAGGAGGGGGAGGCAUUGAAAUGAGACUAGCAAAACUAUAUCCCUCCUUUCCUCCCACUCUCCCUAUCACUUCCCCCUCUCUCUCCCCCUCUCCCUCUCUCAGUUCCCAACACGCUUCUGCAGGGAGGUCGUUUGUCUGUCCGUGUCUGUCUUUGUUGCCGCGGCGUGGAGGCGGAGGGAGCGUUUGAACAAGGUUGGUUGAUCAAGGGAAGGAGGGAUGAGGGCGAGAGUGAGAGGGAGGCGGAGGGAGUGAGAGAAAGGAAGGAAAUUACUAGACACACACCAUUCUUUCCAUGUUUGCUUCUGUUUGUGGUUCGAAUCGCAGUGAGUGGAGCUUGCUAAUUGUGCUGAAUGGCAUGAUUUACUACUACUACUACUACUACUACUACUGCAGGUGUAAAUGUGUAGCUCAUAAUAACUGGCUAAUAGCUAUAGGUGGUUGAUCAUUACAGUAUCGUUAAAGGAACGCUUAUAUUGAGCCGUUUCAGGUUGUUAGUUUAUUUCGUUAUUCACCUAAUUAAUGAGGGAAUAAAGGCGUUAUUUAUGUUUAUUCGUGUACUUCUCAAGACGAUUGGAAAGUCUUUUAUUUUUUAUUCUUACGGCAUUUUAU